AUGGCUGGAGAGCGCAAUUCUGUUAGAGCGUAUGCGCCAGACACGAUAAAGCAAGCAAUAGAGUAUGUAGAAGUGCAGGGAUUGUCAUACCGACAAGCAUCAGCAAGAGCUGGUUGUGCCGCCACCACCCUAUUCAAACACAAACACCAGAGAGUCAAGUGCACCAGCGUUGGACGUCCUACUGCCCUCACUCCUCUAGAAGAGAAGGUUAUUGCUCUAUGCAUUACAAGCCUUGGAAGUUUUGGCCAUCCACCAACUCGUGACAUGGUUGGCAGUGUCAUCAAAAAAUACUUCGAUGACUCUGGCAUGCAGAAUCCAUUUCCUAGUGGCUUCCCAGGCAAGAAAUGGUGGAAGAAUUUUUUCACAAGAUGGCCAAGUUUGAGUGAGAGAAAACCAGAGCACUUGACCAUCCAGCGUGCAAAAGCAGGAUCGACUGAAGUAGUGGAUAAAUUCUUUUCCAAUCUAGAAAAGAUCUUGCAAGAGGAGGGUCUCCUGACUCUACCAUACAGUGAAUUGGGGAGACGUCUGUGGAACUUAAUAGUACGAAAAGGCCAAAAAGAUGUCUAUGAGAUUGGCACGGGUUCUGGCCGUGAUAACAUCACAGUUCUUGCUUGUGGAUCUGCAAUAGGAGAACGCGUCUUGCCAUAUGUUGUCUAUAAGGCCAAGACUACAAAUCCUAGCUGGAUGGAAGGUGGUCUCCACAGUUGCAUGUUCAGUGUCAGCAACUCGGGAUGGAUGGAAAGCGCUCAGUUCUCUGAAUGGUUCAUUCAGAUGUUUUUACCAGCAACAAAGCUUCUUCGACUGACAGCUCCUGUUGUUUUACUUCUUGAUGGCCAUGGCUCUCAUGUCACGUUAGAGCUAGUAACAGAAGCUGCAAAACAGAAUACUAUCAUCAUUUGUCUACCACCCCAUACAACACACAUCCUUCAACCACUAGAUGUCUCUGUUUUCAAAUCUGUAAAGCAUUUUCCAUCCUUGUUGAGUCAGCUGUGGAAAGAGAGCUUUUUUCCUGAGCACUUAGUAAGUGGAUUUCGUGCCACUGGCAUCCACCCCCUUAACAGAAGCAUAAUUAGAGAAGAUAAGCUAAAGCCAUUGGAAGCCUAUUCAGGUACAUCUACAGAACAACCCUUGUCAGCUACUCCUGUAACAGAACGUGUCACAGGAAUUUUUAAGAAACACUUCCAAACAAUUCAAGAGACUAAAGCUAAUGUGAAAGGAAGUAGAUUACAACCAGGCUACUAUGGUGAAGCGCUAACAAGCGAAGCAGCUAUUGAAAGACUAAAGCAGCGAGAAAUGCAAAAGUCAAAGGCUAAGUCUAAGUCUAAACAGCAAGUAAAGAAAAUAGUAGCAAAAAGUCCUCACAUUGAUCAGUCUGAGAGCACAUGUCAAGGCUGUGGUGCACACUAUGACAAGGACACCAAACAGGAGCAGAAAAAUUGGAUUGGCUGCGACAAUGUAGCGCUUUACAUCAACUUGGUAGUAUGGAACCAGGGCAUUCCAGAAUCACUGGAUGACAUUAUUGGCAACAUUGGCAAUGCAUUGGAUCAAAAGCUGGAUGAUCUGUUGACCAGUGACCACACAAUGUCUUGA